UCUCCCCCCCAAAAAAAGGAGAUCCACUCGGAGACCCCCAAAGAUGCGCUGUGCGCCCACUGUCGGGGCCGCGCUGCUGCUGUGUGCCACCACCGCGGGGCUGCUGAGCGCCCAGGGGCGCCCCCCGCACCCCGACACCCCGCCUCGCUUCGCGUCCUGGGACGAGGUGAACGUGCUGGCCCACGGGCUCCUGCAGCUCGGCCACGGGCUCCGAGACCACGUGGAGCGCACCCGCCGGCAGCUGGGCGCCCUGGAGCGCAGGCUGGACGCCUGGGGGGACCCCCACGGGAGCCCCGAAGCCCCCCCGGAUGCCCUCCGCAGUCUGCAGACUCAGCUCAAGGCUCAGAGCAGCCGCAUCGAGCAGCUGUUUCAGAAAAUGUUGGAACAGCAGCGCCACUUGGAGAAACAACACCUGAGAAUACAAAAACUACAAACCAAGGUGGGUCUCUUGGCUCCCGUGCAUGUGGACCCCGGCCUAGAACCCCAGCCGGCCAGACAGAAGCGUCUCCCCAAGAUGACCCAGUCCAGUGGCUUGGCUCACAAUGCCAGCAGCCUGCAUGAGUUGCCCAGGGACUGCCAAGCCCUCUUCGAAGCUGGGGAGCGGCAGAGUGGCCUUUUCCAGAUCCAGCCUCCGGGGUCCCCACCCUUCCUGGUUAACUGCAAGAUGACUGAAGACGGGGGCUGGACGGUGAUUCAGAGACGCCAGGAUGGCUCGGUGGACUUUAAUCAGUCUUGGGAGGCCUACAAGGCUGGCUUCGGAGACCCUCAAGGCGAGUUCUGGCUGGGCCUGGAGAAGGUGCACAGCAUCAUGGGAGACCAGGGAAGUCGGCUCUCCAUUCAACUGCAGGACUGGGAAGGCAAUGCCCAGAGCCUCCAAUUCCCCGUGUAUCUAGGGGGCGAGGACACGGGCUACAGCGUGCAGCUCACCGCACCCGUGGCCAGAAUUCUGGGGGUCCCUAUCCUCUCCCCCGGGGGCCUCUCCCUGCCCUUCUCCACCUGGGACCAAGAUCAUGACCUCCAUAGGGACAAGAACUGUGCCAAGAACCUUUCUGGUGGUUGGUGGUUUGGUGGUACCUGCAGUCACUCCAACCUCAAUGGCCAGUACUUCCGCUCCGUCCCCAGACAGAGGCAGCAGAGGAAGAAAGGAAUCUUCUGGAAGACCUGGCGAGGCCGGUACUACCCACUACAGGCCACCACCAUGCUGAUCCAACCCGCCAUCGGGGUGGGGGCGUCGGAUACCGCCUCCUAGCCUCCACCCGCCAGGGGCCUGGUCGAAGGUCCCAGAGGAGAGUGACGUCGCCAAAGGCCCGUUUUAUUUCCUUGUGUUUGUGGCCACUCCCUGCCCAUGGCCAGGGGGUCCGGACCAGAGGCCAGCUGGAGCCCCAAGGACAAAGAAGUGGCACUGCGGCUGCUGGGGGGGCCCCGUGUGGAGUUGGGGAGCCCCGAAGUGUGGGACCCAGAAGCGCGUUGAGCCCCAGAGGCUCACCCAUUCCCAUUCGAUUUCCCAUCAUCCAAGGAGCUGGGUGGGGCACUGAGGGACCAUGGUGAGGGGGUGGGCACAGCCCUGCCCUCCCAGAGCAGAUUCAGUCACAUUGACUGUGGGG